CAGCAGCGCCUUCUCUGUUACGACAAACAUGCACAAUGCGAAACGACAACAAGCUUUAAAAAGGAUUUGCGUACUUUCCAAACUUUAAGUGCACUUAGUCUCAACUGGACAGGCCAUUUAAUAGAAAAUAACAGCAUAUUAGACUUAAGAUUGAGCACAGUAACAAAAUUAGAUUACAAAUUACUUGGAAUGUUUAAGAAGUUGAGAAGUCUUAGUGUUGAUAUGAUGCAUGAUACCUGUAGUUACAAUGGCAGCAUAGAUUUAGUUGAGGCAAAUUAUCUUUUUUUGAUCAAUUGCAUAGCAAACAUUGUGACACUAAGGGAAUUAAUGCUUAAAGAUUUGCUGGUAUCAAAGGUAAUAAGUCAAGCACCAAACAAAUUGCUAUUUGUAAAGAAUAUUCAGUUAUGUGGUAUGAUGUUUAUUGAAUCUGUUAAUUCAUAUAAAGAAGAUGCCAUAUGGGCGGCAAAACUGCACACUCUCUCCUUCCACAUAUGCGAUCUUAGCAAGCUGUUCAUAUUUGUUCAGAAUGUCAGACUGCCAAGUUUAAAGGAAAUUAUCAUCGCUGAUGGGCCUCAUGCAACGAAUAUAAACUGGUCAUCUUUUGGGAGUAGUGUUGAUACGUGGAAGAUUAAAAAGGUUACCCUUAAUGGUUGCCACAGUCCCCGAGUAGUUACGCUUAUCGGGACUCUUCGGGGCUUGAAAACGCUUGUAAUUGUGAACUCGAGUGGUAGAUUGAUGACAACUCUACUCAAAUCGCCAGCAAUCAAAUUAAAGAUCAGGAGGUUAACUAUUAUAGGAUCAGAUUUGAGCCGUGAAGCGCUAAAAACAAUAUCCGCUUUCACACAAUUACAUUACCUGGUGCUCAAUGGCGUUGAUGUUGUUCCAAAUUUCGACCACAAGAUCUUCUCAAGUUUUAAAAGAAAAAUUACGCUGUGCAUUAUCGAUUCAAAACUUACUGCUGUGGAUUUCUACGCAAUCCAGUGCUAUAAAAAAAUAAAAAAUAUCCGGUGCUACGGCAGUGAAAGUAAGUGGGUAGUUGAUUAGAACGGUAAAAAUUUUAUUUAUUGAUCACACAAAGAAUCUUGUCUGGUUGUGCGGUCCCAAAAAUAAUUUUGAUGUA